AUGGGAGGAUCAGUUUGGGAACAACAGCAUGGCCGAGGAGUGCGACAGGGAGCUCAUGGCCCUCGGUUCUUUGCAAGAGACAGCAACCAGCACCAUACUCAGCAUCAGCAGCAGCACCAGCAGCACCAGCCAGCAGUGUACACGCCGAAGCACUCCCCCACCCGUGCUUACUCUCACAGGCUUCCAACCACCAUGGAUGCCGCUGCCUGGGCGCUCUGUCAUCACCCCUCCUCACCGCUCCGCAGCGCUCCCAUAGGGGCUGUGGCUGCGGCCGUGGCUCAGGCUGCUAGUGCUGCGAGCGCUGCGAGUGCAGCAGGGAUGCCAGGAAGCAGUCACGGCUUCUGGCCCAUGAGACGUGAUAUGGUGGGCCCAUGGCACAUGGGGCCCAUGGGAUCCAUGGGAUCUAUGAGGUCUAUUCCCACUAUGCCCAUGCCCAUGUCGCUUCAGCUUCCGAUGCCUGCGCUGCCACCCAUGACCUCCACACCGCCUGCUGGUUGCACCAUUCAAGCAUCGCAUGUGCCUGCACCGUUCCCAGCCGUUUCCCAGGAGAAUCUAGUGGCAGCUCAUUCCUGGCCCACAAGCAGAUGGCCUGCAGGCAACGGAACGAGGGGUGACAUGGGAGUUAACGGCAGUGGGGAUGCGGGUGUAGCAGACAGCAUGAAUGGUGAUGCCGGUGGGGACGCUGUAGAGGAAUGCUUGCAGGCCAUGCAGGCCAUGUCCAUCGACCCAUCCAAGGCCCCCAGUCACGAUUUUCAGCCAUCCAAGUGGAGCAGCUUGGCGGAGGGUGCAGCAGGCAGAGCUGAUUGCCAGUCGACGGGUGACUGCAGCAAGUUCCCAGGGAGUGGCAGCAUGCCAUCUUCCUUGCACCUGCAACGCCCCUCCUCUGAUUAUAGCUCCUUAUCAGCCAUGCCCUCGGUGCCCCACCAGCAAGCAGUACGACAUAUACCAACCAAUCAGCAACAGCCGUCUUAUUCCAUGGACGCAUACCCGCGUCUAUCGCCUCCAUUCUUCUGGCAUGAGGCUGUGUGGAUGCCUGGUUUCGCUCUCUCCCAUGGCUUCUUCCCUUCCUCCUCCACCAACACCAGAAGCAGCAGCGCAGCCAGCAGCAAGUGCGCCAGUAGCACGUCUUUCAGUGGUGUGGCACACCCAUUGGGUCUAUUCCCUGGAUCGCUUCCUGUCCCAGGCAAUGGGGGGAUCAACUGGUCUAUGUUACAGCAGCAGCACUUGUACAUGCAGCACCAGCAGCAGCAACAGCAACAGCAACAGCAGCAGCAACAACAACAGCUGCAGCAGCAGCAGCAACGACAGCAGCUACAGCAGCAACAGCAGCAGCAGACGGAGCAAGAGGAUCAGCAGCUUCUUGUGAAAUCUGUUCCACAGCGUGCAGAGGCCAUAACCAAGGAGAGCAGCGCCAACAGAGGUUGCCAGCAAGGUGUGCCAGGCACUGAAACCCCACAGCAGGAACACGACAUGAAGACUGGGGAUGUGAGAGAGAAUGAGGAGGAGAGUGAACGAAAAGCAAGUGAUGAUGAAGAACCAAGUGGUACAACGGCAGGGAGUGAAUGCAACAAGGGCGAGAAAACAGACGACAAUGUAAUUUCUCCAGACAGCCGGAAGGCGCAUGAUCGCUCUUCCUCUGCACAGCCCGCACAGCCCUCACAAUCCUCUCAGGCCGCUCAGUGGCAGUCUCCUCUUCGGAGCAGAGCCCCGUCCCUCCUCAAGCCAUGUGACUCUGUGCACCUGCAUCUCUCUCUCUCCCUCCAGAUCCCCUCCCCACGCGCCUCCUCUCGCCUCUUCAGGAAGCCUCCACGUGCACGCAGAUCCCCAGGCCUCAGAGUGCUGUCACCGGGCCUCAGCCCCACGCAAAAGCAGCUGCUUGCAGGGGAAGCUGCGCACAGCAUGGGGCUCAGAAGCCCUUCUUCUCCCCGCUGCACCGCCACUUCCCCACAUCUGCACUCCUGCCGCACUUCAUUCCCCCCUUGCAUCCCCCGCUGCAGCCCCACCUUUUCUUUCCUGCCGGAUUCGCUGUCCCCGCUCCACUCCCCUCUGGUCCUCUCCCCCACUGUUGCCGUGCAAAUCUCGCAUCCCUCAUCCCCAGUUGGCCCCUGCUCCCCCCGCUGCUGUUUGCAAGGCACCAGCCCAGCAAGGAAGAGGGAGGGUGUGAAGUGCAGCAUGGGCAAUGGUAGGGGUGGUGGAGGAGAGGACAGGCUGAAAGAGGCAGGCGGGUUGGAGAAGGAAGGAAAUGCUCGCACUGGAGUGGGUGCAAAUGGUGGGAGGGGGAAAGCUCUGAAACGAAGUCCACUUGGGAUUGUUCCACCAUUUCUUCCAGGUGCUUCGCUGCGCGCUCACUCGCUCACUCACCUCGCCUGCCUGCCUGCUUGA